GUUGGAUAUUGAGGACUAAACGCGGGUGUUACGAGUUUUCGCGACACCUUUUCGUGUCUUUCGGACGAGUUAGUGUUUGGUCUAAUUUGGUUCAUUUAAUAUUUAUUCACAAGUGUAUCACAUCUGAAACCAACUUGGAGAUAAUAUAAUUAGGUCGCGUUCCUUAUCUGCAGCUGUUCAUAAGUUUUUCUGUACGGUUGAUUCUUCAUGUUGCAAUAUCUAUUUUGUUUGUUUGCAAUUCUUCAUCUGGGCGAGUCUUAUGGCUACGUUAUCGAAGGAACUAUCGUAGUUCCUCCUGAAGCUCCUAUGGAUUGGCAUGUUAACACACGAAUUAACGUAGCUGGUGAUCAGUACAUUGGUUUUGUGAAGGCAGAUGGUAGUUUUGAAGUGACUAAUGUCCCAUCUGGUUCAUAUAUGGUUGAAGUCAUCAAUCCAGUUUAUUAUUUCCAGGGUGUUCGUGUCGACAUCAGUUCCAAAGGCCGAAUUCGGGCGCGUCAGCUAAAUGCUCCACAACCCAAUGCCGUGAAAGAACUCCCAUAUCCUUUACGUCUUUCCAGUUCUGGAAAAGCAGUCUACUUCAAGGCUCGUGAACAAUUACGUACUUUAGAUUUAUUAUUUAAUCCAAAUGUAUUAUAUGUAGUUGUACCAUUGUUAUUAGUUAUGUUAUUGACAAAAUUAGUAAAUACUAAUGAUCCAACUGUACAAAAAGAAAUGCAACAAAUGAAUAUACUUAAUCCACAACAACAAUUACCUGAUAUGAGUGAACUUCUUUCAUCACUAUCUUUAUUUGGUGGAAAUAAUAAGAAGACAACAUCAAUCAAUAAACGAAAAUCUUCAGAAAAGCAUCGUCAAAUUACGAAUAGUGCGAGUACUUCUGAAAGUUCAAGUCAAUACAGCACUGUUAGUAAUACUGUUAGUGCCAGUACAAGUUCAUCGAAUUCAGCAUCAAAACGCACAACAACGAAAGCAAGAAAAGCUGAAUAGACAAGAUGAUAAUCACUUUUAUGUAUAAAUCAUGUUUGAUGUAUGUAUUCACAAUGUGAUGAACAGAAACUAUUUUUUAUUUAUCUUUAAAUGAAAAAAAAGAAACUGAUUUACGUUCAUUUGUUCAUUUAUUUUGUUUUUUUUUUCUGCCUUCCAAUGUUUGUCCGACAAUAAUGUAUCUUCUGAUUAUGAAAGAAUUGGUUUUUAGCCAGUGUAGUUUCUUUUCUGUUCUAAUGCUCGUUUCAUACAGUUUUUAAAAAUGUCAAUUUAGUAUUCGUUCUUUUCGAUAAAAACUUAUUGUAGUAAUGCAGAAUAUGUCAAUUUGCUGUAGUACGUGUGUGUUUGUAAAUGUUUAUGUGCUUCAGUUUAUUUAAUGUCAUUUUAUUUUUGGAUGAUUUUACAUAUAUCACUUACCUAAACCGUGUUUAUCCAAUUAAUGAACAAUGUUUUGUUUAUCUGGACUUCAGUUUUGGUCGAAUUUUCUGUUUCUUGACCUGCAGUGUAUCCGCUGGUCUGCGUAGUUCGGGAUUUCGCUCAUCAUUUUCCAUGUCCAGGUGUUGGAGACAAAUAGCAGGAGAUCCUGCUAGUAGGC